GGGCCUUUGCGGCUAAACAAAACAAAGGCCUCUCCGUCACAGCGCAGCGGCGCAGAGCUUCACGCUCUCCUCCCACGCAGCCAGCGCUCCAGCAGCGUCGUCCCUCGUCCGUCCCCGUCCCUCAGCCUCUCCGCUUUCGUCUAGCCCUCUCAUCGCCAUCUCUGGCGCGGCGGCGGCGUCUGUAGCGGCGGAGCAAGAGCGGAGCGGAGCCUCGCCCCGGCCGCGGCAUUGGAGGAAGGCAGCAGCAGCAUUGGCUACGGGAACCGGGAAAGGAGGCACUGAAUAGUUUUAGGGCAACGUAGCUUGCUCUAGAGAUGGAGGACCUGUUGGGUUCGGAGAUCGGGAAGAACGACUACGAUUGGCUUCUAACUCCUCCUGGGACCCCACGUGUUCCUGCACUGGAGGUUGCUGAGAAAACACCAUCCUCAAAUAUAUUACCAAAACGCACUACAACUAGAUCGUCCUCAACUACUAGAGCAUCUAGGCUUUCAAUAUCUCAAACAGAGAAUGGGCAUUCGACGGUUCCCACUAGACCAGCAAGAAGUAACUCUGUUAGCCGAUCAUCUAUCCAGUCGGCUCUCAUGAAUGGCAACAAUAGGACAUCAGUUCUGAAUACAAGCAUUUCUUCAGUCACUUCAAGACCUACAACCCCUAGUAGGCGAAGCAGCACGGUUAUCGCACCGAAACAAUCAGUUCCAGCUGCACGUCCAGUGCCUGCAAGAUCCUCUACUCCUGUUAAAACUCGUCCAUCUACACCAGCAAAAACUCGCCCAUCUACUCCUACGAGAACUCGUCCAACAGCACCAAACUCUUCAACUGAUUCGGCUGCUGCCAAGACCACAUCCACACAUAGUGUGAGGCCAUCAACUCCAAAUUCCCGGUCCCGUAUUGUUCCCAACUCAUCUUCAAGUGCAACUCAUGCAAUAAGCCGCCCGAGCGCCUCCUCGGGUACAACAAGCAGACCAGGGUCUUCCUCAGGUAAUGUUCCUGGGAUAAGCCGUGCCACCUCAUUGUCCUCAAGUUCGGUUCCUUCAAUGAGCCGUUCCAGUUCACGAUCAUCUACACCUACACGCCAGCCUGCAAUUCGUUCAUCAGCUCCAUCUAUUGGUCGUUCUCCUUCUGUUGGACGGAAUUCUAGUAUGAACGGCUUUACAUCUGCGUCCCGUUCUGCAGCCAGUGGUGGCCGGAACUCAGCACCUUCAUCAGCUCCAUCAUCACGUCCAAGUUCUCCGAAUCCACGACCCCGAGCUCCAGUGCGACCACUUGAUAUCCCCGAUUUUCCAAAUGAAACUCCACCAAAUCUAAGGACAAAAUUACCUGAAAGACCACUAUCCGCUGGCAGAUCACGGCCAGGAAUGGCUUUAGGCAUAAGAUCAACCCCAAAUACUGAACCUUCAGCUGCUUCAGCUCCUGUGAAGAAGGUCUCUGUGCCUGCUGUUAGUCGAAGUAAAUUUUCUGAUACAUCAUCAAAGACCUCUACUCUCACAAAUGGACACCAAAAUCGACAGGCUGAAAGGUCCACUAUUGACAGUCAAGCUAAUAGACCCUCAAGACCUAUCACAGGCACAGAUAAUGGAUUUGGGAGGUCGAUAUCAAAGAGAUCACUUGACAUGGCUAUCAAGCACAUGGACAUUCGGCAGAACUUGGGUGGCAUUCGUGGUGCAUCCCUGUUUCCCCAGAGCAUUCGCUCGGCUGCUGCCAAGGUCCGUCCAGCUCGGGCAUCAGACCCGGGGCAUGGCAUCACAAACAGCGACCAUCACUAUAUUGACAAUGCAAGUAGCGUGAACGGACACCUCUCUGGGGACUCAAAUGGGGCUCUCUCACGCAAUGGUGGCAGCUCAACGGAUUCGCCAGACAGGGGGAGCAUCGGAACCAAGGAGACCCUGAGCGAGCUGGACAUCUAUGGUAGCUCGCGCUAUGAAGCAAUGCUGCUGAGGGAGGACGUGCGCAACACAAGCUGGCUGCAUGGAUUCGAUGACAAGCCUGACCAAAGCCCGCUGUUUGACCACCGGUUCGAGCCGCUGCCAGAGCCCUUCAGCCCGUUAUGACAGCUGCUGCUUGUAAAGUAUGAUCAUCACUAGCUCUUCGUUCUGUGCUCCUUUUGUGCUGCAAGAUGUGUAUGAUUUCUUCUGUUUUCUGUCCUAUAAUUGGUUGGUUCUGCACUUCCCCCAAUCCCAAAGACGUUGAGAUUGCGGGGUUUGAGUCUAUUGAUUUGUCCAUGGAGAUUGGUUUUCCACUUUCCACGAAUUGUUGUACUGAAAGAAAGAAAAAAGAUCUAUAAAGAAACAAAAACAGUAAAAGAUUUGUAACUUGCAAGUUAUUGUAAUGCUUGGAUGCUCGCUCG